UUCAACAACAGCAAAAAAAUAGGCUACUGUCUCCGGGUUGGCUGACAUCCUAUCCAUCUGAAUUGUAAGCUUGGAAGCUAAAGCUUCCCGGUUCCACUCCUGACAUUCCUGGACGGAUUCGUGUCGACUGCCCAGAGUCCGCGAAUUCAAGUCCGUUCCGCUGUCUCCCUAACGUUAUCAUCAAUCUAUCGUUWMCGAAUAAAAAAGGACMAGCCAGAAGACUGCUCUGUCAAAACCAAGCCGGUGACCGACCAGGGAGAGACUGACCGCACCCAACUCCCAUCAACAUGUCACUGCACCAGUUUCUGCUUGAGCCCAUCACCUGUCACGCCUGGAACCGGGACAGAACCCAGAUUGCCAUCAGUCCCAACAACCACGAGGUCCACAUCUAUCAGAAGAGUGGUAACCAGUGGGUGAAGAGUCAUGAGCUGAAGGAGCACAAUGGACACAUCACAGGUAUCGACUGGGCUCCUAAGUCCGACCGCAUCGUGACGUGCGGGGCGGAUCGUAAUGCCUAUGUCUGGUCUCUGAAGGACGGGGUCUGGAAGCCCACGCUGGUCAUCCUGAGGAUCAACAGAGCUGCUACCUUCGUCAAGUGGUCUCCUCUGGAGAAUAAGUUUGCUGUGGGCAGCGGAGCCAGACUCAUAUCCGUCUGUUACUUCGAGUCUGAUAACGACUGGUGGGUGAGUAAGCACAUCAAGAAGCCGAUCCGUUCCACCGUCCUCAGUCUGGACUGGCAUCCUAACAACGUGCUGCUGGCGGCUGGAUCCUGUGACUUCAAAUGCAGGGUGUUCUCGGCCUACAUCAAGGAAGUAGAGGAGAAGCCGGGCCCCACCCCCUGGGGGUCCAAGAUGCCGUUUGGGGCGGUGCUGGCUGAGUUUGGGGGUGCCGGGGGAGGAGGAUGGGUCCACUCUGUAUCCUUCUCCUCGUCUGGUAACAGACUGGCCUGGGUCUCACACGACUCCACUGUUACUGUGGUGGACGGCACCAAGGGAUCCACUCCGUCUCAGUUGAAGACUGAGUUCCUCCCUCUGCUCAGUGUUCUCUUCAUCUCUGAGAACAGCGUGGGUGGCUGGCGGUAAGUCUGUCUGUCUCUCUGUCUCUCCGUCUGGUC